AUGUUGGGCAAUGACUACUACAAAUGUUGUGUAAUUACAAUACAAAUAUAUUGGACUUUUAUAUUUAUAGUACCGUAGCAUUAUUACCAUUGUUACAUAGGGGCAUCAGGGACCUUGUCUUUCCCCAUAAACCCAUGAUUGGUCUAGUUGGCCUACACAUGUAUGUGGCCCAAUUGCUAAAAAGCCAGGCAAAAUUUGCAUGUAAAAAAAAAGAGGAAAGAAGUUUAUCUCCUGUAGUGCCCGUGAGCAAGAACAGACUCGAAACCUGUCGCCUCAGCCAGUGUGCCGUAGAGUGUGGGAGUCCAGAGGCAACCAGGUCGUCAGCUGCGGGCUGCACUGUGAUGUAACCGGAAGUGGUGGGUUGCCUUCCAACGUCAACCUGACAGCCCGCUGGAGCUGCGCCGCGCUCACUGCGCGCCGGAGAUCCGCCGUGUCUGGUGCCCUGCGCCGCCGCCGCCGAGGACAGGAGACACUUCGCAGGAUUUGCCUCAAGACUUUCCCUCCACUCUUCACAGACCCUCUGUUCCGCGGUCGGAUCUGAGUCCGCGGGAGGACGCGCUGACGCGGAGUAUCUGCAACUGGUCAAUUAUCAACCAGCUCUGACGUGGCCAAAAGGAAGAUGGACGGCACCGGGUGGAGUUGUAUGGUGGCACUCAUGCUGCUGUGUAAUGUGACAAAGUUUUUUGCGGAGGCAAGUCUGGAGGUGAAUGAAACCCAGCACCAGAAUCCGACCAACGUCUACCAUGACAUGGGACUGACUAGGAACAAGAUAGUGACUGCACAGUUUGAGUGCUACCAAAAGAUCAUGAAGGACAGCUCCUACAGCAGACAAGAGCCUGUGUGUAAUCGGACUUGGGAUGGCUGGCUGUGUUGGGAUGACACCAGGGCUGGAGUUAUCUCAGAGCAGCACUGCCCGGACUACUUUCAGGAUUUUGAUCCUUCAGAGAUGGUUACAAAGAUUUGCACUGACAGCGGUCACUGGUUCCUGCAUCCUGAGAGCAACCGGACGUGGACCAACUACACCCUCUGCAAUGAACACACCAGUGAAGUCAGAGUGACUGCGAUGAAUCUUUUCUACUUAGCUCUCAUAGGACAUGGGCUGUCACUGACGUCCCUCUUCGUCUCGCUUGGAAUAUUCUUCCACUUCAAGAGUUUAAGUUGCCAAAGGAUCACCCUUCACAAAAACCUCUUCUUCUCCUUCGUUCUCAACUCUGUGAUCACAAUCAUUUUGUUGACAGCAGUUGCAAACAACCAGGAGCUGGUGCAGAGGAAUCCAACGAGCUGUAAAGUGUCCCAGUUCAUUCAUCUCUACCUGUUUGGCUGCAAUUACUUCUGGAUGCUGUGUGAGGGAAUAUACCUGCACACGCUCAUCGUGGUGGCCGUUUUUGCAGAGAAGCAGCACCUAAUGUGGUACUACCUUCUAGGCUGGGGCUUUCCUCUCAUUCCGGCCACAAUACAUGCCGUUGCUCGAAGUUAUUACUACAAUGACAACUGUUGGAUCAGCUCCAAAACGUCGCUUCUCUACAUCAUCCACGGUCCCAUUUGUGCUGCUCUUUUGGUUAAUCUGUUCUUCCUGCUGAACAUUGUGCGAGUGCUCAUCACCAAACUGAAGGUGACCCAUCAAGCCGAGUCGAGUCUCUACAUGAAAGCGGUGAGAGCCACCCUUAUCCUGGUGCCUCUUCUGGGAAUCCAGUAUGUCCUGCUUCCCUACAAGCCAGAGGGACGGGUCUCCUCUGAAAUAUAUGACUACAUUAUGCACAUACUAAUGCAUUACCAGGGUCUGCUGGUGGCCACCAUCUUCUGCUUUUUCAACGGAGAAGUCCAGGCAGUUCUGAGGAGGCACUGGAACCAGUAUCAAAUCCAGUUUGGCAGCAGCGUGGGAAACCACUCAGACGCCAUGCGCUCAGCCUCCUACACGGCCUCUUCCAUCACGGAGGUCCAGGGCUGCUACAGCAUCGACGGCCACACAGAACACAUGAAUGGCAAGGGCUGCCACGACGCAGACGCCCCCAUCCUAAAAUCGGACAGCCCCUUUGCCUGACAAGCAACUCUCUCUUCAAACUCUACCCAUCCUGUCCCACCCAUAGAAACUGCAGCAUGUUUCCGUGGCAACCGGGGGAAACUCGCCUCUUCCUAGAGAUACAACGUAAGAAGAAACAAGAGUGUAAAAAGUCUGUUAACCCAGACUCUCACCCACCUGAAGGAAAUCGUCACCUCUCUGUCACACCGACACAGGCCCUUUAACUGUACUGUAAGGUGAGCUUGGUGCAGCUACUCCUGCGCUGUCUUUUGACUACAAUUUGCAACUGGACGGCUUCACUUGGAUUAAAAGGCAUUCUGAUGAUCACAACAAUGCUGCAGUCUUUCAGCCUGACAAAAUUGUUGUUGAAUGGAUGGAUAUUAACUGCCUGACUGUCCUUACGAGGUCACGUCAUGCACUAAACGCCUUUGGUUAGACUGUAAAUUCUUUUGACAUGGUUAGUGCCAAACCACGAACUCCUGCCUGCCUCAUUUAUGUUUUAUUGCCAUUACAGAAUUUGAAGAGAGACAGGACUAAUCUAAGAGGGCAGGGGUAUGAUAAUAUAUUAAAGCUAUAUUUUAUCUUUCACAUGUUCAACAUAAUUUAUCAGAACAUAUUUGUGUAUUAAAUGAAAACAGAAUAAAUACCACGCAGUAUUUAUUGAAGCUACAUUAAGUUACCCAGCAUCUUCUGUCAAUCGAUUACCAAAUGUUGAAGUGUUGCAGUCUUCACAUACACUUUAAAAGCACUUCUUGUUUGUUUCAGUGUUUGUUCAAAUGUGUGCAGUUAAUGCAGAUGGUGUGAAUCAUACCGUUAGCAUGCACGCUUCAUUUUUUUGAGAUUUAGAGAAGUCAUCAUGCUAAUUCUUUCAGCGUAUUUUACUGUAAGUGAUCCUUACUGACAUGUGUAUCCUUCAUACAACAUGAUAGGUUUUUAAUGUAACUUAUCAACACAACAUUAUCACAGAGAAGCCGUCAUGAAAUCACAUGUACUCCAAUAUCUGCCCCAUUACACUUGAAUGUAUCAGUUAUGUUUAAUGACCUGGGUCUGCUGAACAUAAACACAUCACAUUCCUAUUCACUGCUGUCUUUAGCCUUAUUCUUCUUCUCAAAGAACUUAGAUAUUACUGAGAUGUAAAUAUGACUGGGUGUUCAGACAACAAAAAGCGCUGUGUUUUAAAAAGAAAAAAGCAGGGGGCUGCCUGAGUGAGGAUGCGUUGCUGUUAAGAAGGUCAUUUAACGUAUGUUUCCUUUGGUUCAUACGAGCUCUGAAUCAGUUUCUUCAUAGUGCAGCUACACUUAUAGAAAAGGAGUUACAUACAGUUAUCAGUCUUUGCAAAAAAAAUGCUCUUUACUCUUCUAUGAAAGCUAUCAUUAAUGACAUGGUCCGCUCGGAGAGCACCUACCUCAGCCAUAGCUGACACUCGGAAUUUCGGGUUAAGUGUCUUGCCCAAGGACACACCUGCACGCGGAUUGGUGGAAGCUUGGAUCAAACGAAUGACACUACCUCCGUAGCCACAGCCGCCCAUGCUGGCGAGUUGCAUGUGCAGUCGCAUGAAGGCUUUUCCCAGUUGGUGCAUCGAUAAAAUCAAAUGGAGAAAGAUUUAAAUCAUAACUUUUAUGAAAAUGUGACCAACUUCCUAUUUUUGCAUAGCAGUAUGUGAUGAAUAUCCACAUACAUUUAAAAAAAAAAAUUUGGCAGAUUGGUUUUAAAUUUGCAACUACAUUAAGUUUCACAGACACUUCCACUCGGAGGAAACUCUUUACAACUCUGGGAGAGACUCAUGGUACAGACAUUUUCAUCCUGUUGUCUCGCUGAUUGUGAGGUAAAUAGAAAAUGAUGCUGCCUUGCAUUGUAACAUGACUAGAGUUUGGUUCCAUGUUUUUCUCCAAUGACGCCCCCGCCCCCUCAUUUGUUUUUAUACAAGCCCCCUGCUCAGGCAACCCCCACAUCAAUGCAGUGACCCUUUUCAGAUGAAUCAGAGAGCUUUGUUUUUUUCACAUAGUGCUAAUAUCAGUCUGAACACUGCCUUAUUACUGAUGUUUCUCAUAAGAAACUGUGCAAAAAAGAUAUAAAUACUGCAAAUAAGACAUUCUUGGAAAAGCAUUUAGCUACAGCAGGCUUUAUCGAGCCCUGGUCAAUAGACAUUGCCCUCGGUAUGCUGUCAUUUCACCCAGUCAAGUACCAAAAACUUUACAACAGCUUUUUAUUUCUAUUUUUUAUGAUUUCAGAACAUCUUCAAUACAUUUUGUCCACGAUGCCGGGAACACGAGUCGCUAUCAGCCGAUGUAAAUACUUUUUUAAAUCUAGCAUUUCUGAAAAGAGGACGUUGAAUAUGUGAGUUUGAGUGUAUGUGUGUGUGUGUGUGUGUGCAUGAAUUAUAUAUACAGUAUUUAUGAGUAAAUCAUUCUAGAAUGCAUUCAAACAUCAAGCGGCUGUCGUGACGGUGCGUGGGGUGUUGAUGAAGCAGUUGUUUGUUCUGCUCCUGUGUUUUAGAAAGGGGAGGGGUGGGAAAAUCGUCAGGGGCUACGGACUGGGGGCUUUCAACAAGCUAUUGUAUUUGUCCGCCUGGAUUAUUGUCAUCAUCCUUGUCACAUUCUGUCAGCUCUCUAUGUUGCCUGUAUUUGAAAGCGAAGAAAGAACAGUACAACUACCCUCUGUUUUAUUUAUUCAUGUUAUCAUGUUAUCACCAUGUAGUGCAAGCCUGACAUGUCGCGACUCACUUUCAACAAAGGCCAUGUUUUCUUUUGCUAUUUCAGUGGAGAGUAUUGAAAAAAUGUACAUCCUGUGUCUGAUUUAUUCUUUUUUUUCUUUCUCUGCAUUUUUUUUUAUUAUUUCAGAUAUCUUGUUUUUUUUAUGACUUUUGGACAUCUUAUUGUUUUCAACAGACUUUAAAGGUGAUAUAACUAAUGCAAAAAUCCCCUUUUCAGUGUUUGUGCACAUACAUUUGGGUAUCUGUGGAACCUGCCGGCCCACAAAGUGUGAAAAAAGACCACCCCGUUCUUUUAUGAGCUGGCUAAACCCUACAGCCUGGCUCUGAACAACUGGUUCAGAUUUCUCACCCACUCUGAUGUCACAGUUGGACUCUUUUGGGGUAACCCAGCCUGCAAACUGAGAAUCUCCACUUUUCUGGUGAAUGGCCGUAACAUUUCUUACCAUUUUUGGCUGGCCAAUCAGAGCAGACUAGGUUUUAUUGGGAGGGGGGACUAAAAGUAAUCCAGGCUUUUUAGACAGUGGGUGAAAAGAGGAGCUGCAGGAAUUGGCAGUAUGAGUACACUGAUGCCUUUUCAAGUGGUAACCCAAAUUAAGAGUAUGAACCUGAAUAUGACCAUAAUAUGUCACCUUUAAAUUAGCUUGACUCUACACAAUAAUAGUGAGAAAAUAGUGAUGUCUCGUACAUACUAUUUUCGCCCAUGUAAACAUAUUCUUGGCUGCCACUGUUUUAGGUAAAGCUGUUAAUGACAGACAGAAGGAUAUACAGAGGGGUCUAAGCAGGAGAUUGUGAAGUCAAGCUGCAUUUUCACAAAAAAGUUGAUACUUUCUUUUGAAUCUCUGAUCUGCAGGACAGGAGCUUCUCUGUUUAAUCAUAUACAGUGAAUACUUGUGGCUCUUAGAAGGGGUUAAUGUGCAACGACAGCAUUAGCCUUCACAAUUAAAAGUAAUUUGCUGUGUAGUGAAGCAUCGUAAGAACUCAUUUAAUUUUCAGCGUGUUGGAAAAGACCAGAGACACUUGGCACAUGUAGUAGCUCCUGUGUACCGUUUCAGUUGUGUAUUUGUGUGUGAAUUAGUUUCACAUGACUCUCCAAAUGGGCCCUGAAGACGCCAGUGACACUUUGGCAUCAUGUUGUAAAGUAUGACAAAAGCAUUGAGUACAAAGUUUUUUGUUGAAACUGCUGUUUUAACUUUGGAAGUCCCGACACAUUGACACUCCUGUUUGAAUGUAGCUAGUGGUGUUUUAUAUUCUGGAUGUGUAUACCAUGUCUCUCCUAUAUAUAAUAUAUUUCACUGGAUUAGACAAUGGAUAAUACUAUUAUACUGAUUAAGCAGACAUCAACAUACAGAUGAUAAAUCCUGUCGUGCUUGCUUCACCGAGUUCCGCAUCUGCCAAAUCUUUACGAACACAAUGUAACUGAUUUGUGGAGCUGAUUUGUCUGAUGUAAUGAGAAACAUGUGCUAGUCCGUUCGCAGAAAUUCCCCACAGUAACUGUGAAGAGCAACAAAGACACUUGGCUCUUAUGUCAUUUGGCUCCCCAGUCUCUUUUGUUGUGAGUGGUCUAUUACACAAAGUUGUGGGAUAUAUACUUGUGGGAUAUUAUGUGUUUAUUGGUAAAAUGUUCUGGCAAAUUGAUUUUUGAUUUCAAGGCUAAAACCAUUUUUCUCCGAUGUUGAUUUAUUGUCCUGUCUGACAAAACCAAUUUCACUUUGAGUUUUACGACAUUCAAACAAAUACAAUACAUUGCUGGCAAAAUCAUCGAUGGGUCAUAAUUCAAAACGAUUGUUUACCGUGUCUCUGUAUGUUUGCUUCAUGACAAAGUGACGGCAGUUCACUGCUCACAUGAAUGAAUAAAGAUAAUCUUAAUCCUAA